AUGCGCCUCGCCGCCACACCCACACUCUUCGCGGGAUCCCGGUCCCAGUCUGCGGCGCUGAGAAAGCCGGGCGCAGUACCAACAGAAACGUCAAAGUUGAAAUCAAAAUCAAAAUCAGAACCAGCCAGAGAAUCCACACUAAAAUCAAUAUCCACACCGGAAUUCUUACCUUGGCUUCCAUCGCUGAAAUCAACACAAUUACAGCGCAUUGCUCGCGCAACGGGGAUUCAAUCCUCUGGGACAAAAGGCGUGCUAUUAGAGCGGAUACAAUCCGAGUUACGAAACUAUCAUUUUCAAGCCCAAGCCCAAGCCCAAGCCCAAGCCCAAUCUCUAUCUCUAUCUCCGACUCAAAAAUCACAGACGCGAAAACCAUGGCGAAUCUUGAGUAUCGAUAUGGGAAUUCGGAAUCUUGCAUUCGCUUUCAUGACCGUUGACUGUCCCCUUUCUAAACCUGCUAUCCAGCCUGGCACUAUGAAGGGAGACGACGAAGCGCAAAUACCACUACAAAUUCAACCCUCUAUACCCAAGCUACGAGCAUGGAAACGCCUAUCUGUUUCAGAUGGCUUAUUAGACUUGAUAGACUUGACAAGCCCACCUCAAAGCUCAAGUCCAAGUUCAAGUUCCAAUCCCGAUUUAAGCUGCAUCACAAGUGACAAAGAAGUGGAAGCAGAGAAGCAAACAGACAAAGACAAAGACAAAGAAAAAGAAUCAUACUCCCCAGAUAAAUACGCCUCAAACGCCUACACACUAAUAACAACCCUCCUAUCAACCUACAACCCAACCCACAUCCUAAUCGAGCGCCAACGCUUCCGCUCUGGCGGGAGCAGCGUGGUCCAGGAAUGGACCCUACGCGUCGGCGUAUUCGAGGGCAUGUUGUACGCUAUUUUGCACACGUUAUGUAUGGAACGGGGUAUUCCAGAUUCAGCUCAGGCUGGGGUUCUGGUUGAAGGAGUUGAGCCGAAGAGGGUGGUUGGGUAUUGGGAUGAGAUUGGGGCUGGGAAUGGGGAUGGAGAUGCAGGAUGUGGUAGCGAUAGCGGGGGGAAAGAAAAGGUCAAGGUCAAGGUCAAUGCGCGGGAGGUGAAGAAGGCUAAGAUGGGGAUUGUGGGGGGUUGGGUGGAGGCUUCGUUGGGGGAGGCAAAGGGCGGAAAGGUGGUUGUUGGAGAUGGGGCGACCCCCUCCAAAACAAACGGACGAUCUCAAUCUAGACACCAAGAUCAAAAGCUCGACCAACGUCUCAUUAGAAAGUAA